AAGAAUGUUUUACAUGUCUGGAUACCGUGUACUGAAAUCUAUUAAUUUUUUGUAAAUAUAUAACAUCAGAAUUAAUGCAUCAAAUCAAUUAUGUCAUAUUUUAGAAUGAUUUGAAGGAUGCGUUAUUCACUUUCUUCAUAUUUAUAUUUUUGUAGGAAUUUGUGUACAGUUCAAACUAACCUAAAAAUACGAAAAGAUAAAAGAAUAUUUUCCGCCAAUUUUUUAAAGUUCCGCCAAUUUCAGUGUUCAUUUUAAGAUGACAGUUUACAAAAUUUCCAGAUUAAUUCGACAUCUUAGAUUUUUCAGAGUUCCAAUAAAACAAGGAUUUUCAAAGACAUAUGUUACCGAUGUAAAUACAAAACAACAAAAGAUCAGUCCUUGGUAUUCAUUUAUAAAACAACGGAAAUGGGGCAUUCCUAUCGGAGUUGGAAUAUCAUUAUUAACAGUAUUCCAAUAUAGCUAUUUAAGAAAAUAUCCAUACACACCUAGGGACAGCAAUGUGUACGAGCCAAUUAAUAUUUUUGUGGUGAAAUGUUAUUAUUUCCUACCAUUUCGAACACUCAGCAAGAUAUGGGGUUGGAUAGCUAAUUUAGAAUUACCAACCAGUUUAAGACCAAUUUUAUAUGGAUUUUAUGCAAAAACUUUUAAUGCUAACUUAGAAGAAGUUGAUUUAGAUUUAUCUGAAUUUCCAAGUUUAUCUGAUUUUUUUGUUAGGCCACUUAAAUAUGAUGCAAGACCUAUUGAUCAUAAUGCACACAUAGUUUCGCCUGCUGAUGGAAGAGUAGUACAUUUUGGACCAGUAACUUCGUGUUGUGUGCAACAAAUAAAAGGUGUAACUUAUAAUCUUAGACAUUUUUUAGGAGACAUAAAUAUAUUUGGUUCUGAUGAAUUAUCAAAAUUUACGAAAGAAGAUGAUGCUGUCUAUUUAAAAGCUCUUUUAAAGAAUCCAAUGAAUCAGCUUUAUCAAUUAAUAGUUUAUCUUGCUCCAGGAGAUUAUCACAGAUUUCAUAGUCCAACUGAUUGGGACAUAGAAUUUCGUAGACAUUUUCAAGGAAAGUUGAUUAGCGUCAAUCCAAAGAUAGUCCGAUAUUUUCCAAAUUUAUUUUCGUUAAACGAACGUGUAACAUAUAUUGGUAAAUGGACUGGUGGUUUUAUGGCUUAUACAGCAGUUGGAGCUACAAAUGUAGGUUCUAUAAAAGUUUACUGUGAUAAGGAACUACGUACAAAUGUUAUUAAAUGGCCUGAAGCAAAAUAUUGGAAGGAUGCUCACUUAGGUUGUAUACACUUAAAGAAAGGAGAAUUAUUUGGUGAAUUUAGAAUGGGAUCUACAAUUGUAUUGCUGUUUGAAGCUCCAAAAGAUUUCAAAUUUUGUAUACAAGAAGGGCAGACAAUAAAAAUGGGUCAAGCUUUAGCUACCUGUACCGUUGAAACUGAGGAAAAACAGUAUAAACAGUCGCUAUGACAAUUAAUAUCGCGCAUUUCACUAGACUGGACAUAUGUAUGGAGAAUAGAUAGAUGAAGUUUAGGAAAUUCAGUGAUCUCAUGAUACAAGACUUGCUUUAGAUAGUAUUACGAUUGUUUUAAGAGUUUUACAAUGGAAACGACUAUAAAGAAAAAUAAAAUGAAUGUUACAAACAAACUUUUCAAAAAUUUAAUUUUUUGAAACUUUUACAAAUUUUAUAAAUAAAAAAAAAGUAAUAAAUAAUUAUUAAUACUUGUUACUUAAUAAAUCUGAAAUUAUUUUUAUCAGGUUUAUAUGAAUUAUAGGGAUAAUUCAUUGUACUUACAAUGUCCUAAUGUGUUGCAACUAAUUUCCUAUUAUUAGUUCAAUUAAGAUAAUGGUUACAUUGUAACGAAUGUUACAUGAAACGAUUGAAGUUACUAUUUAUAAUGAAUGUACCACUGAUACGAUUCUUUGCGAAUUUGAAAAUAUAACUUUGUGAUACAAUAAAGAAUAUAUGUAUACACCUCUCAAUUUUCAAAACCUUGUGAAAGUAAUUUUAUAUACAGAUGUUAUCAAUUAAUGAUAUAAUAAAGAUUUCAGCAAUAA